AUGGCCCUUGUGAACGCCGCAACGCCCUCUCCAGAGACGCAAGGGAGACUCUCGCAAACUUACCACGACAAUACCUCACACUACCACGCAAUCCCAGAAGCACCACACGAUACCAAAAGCACCCCACAAUCCCAGAAGCACCACACACCACCACACGAUACCAGAAGCACCAUACACCACCACACGAUACCAGAAGCACCAUACACUACCACACGAUACCACAAGCACCACACGAUACCAAAAGCACCCCACAAUCCCAGAAGCACCACACACCACCACACGAUACCAGAAGCACCAUACACCACCACACGAUACCAGAAGCACCAUACACUACCACACGAUACCACAAGCACCACACGAUACCAAAAGCACCCCACAAUCCCAGAAACACCACACACCACCACACGAUAUCAGAAGCACCAUACACCACCACACGAUACCAGAAGCACCAUACAUCACCACGCAAUACCAGAAGCACCACACGAUACCAAAAGCACCCCACAAUCCCAGAAGCACCACACACCACCACACGAUACCAGAAGCACCAUACACCACCACACGAUACCAGAAGCACCAUACACUACCACACGAUACCACAAGCACCACACGAUACCAAAAGCACCCCACAAUCCCAGAAACACCACACACCACCACACGAUACCAGAAGCACCAUACACCACCACACGAUACCAGAAGCACCAUACAUCACCACGCAAUACCAGAAGCACCACACGAUACCAAUAG